CUUAACAGUGUAGCUGGACUUAAAGUAGCUGUGAGGAGAACUUGUUCAAGGAGUAGUGCGACGCUUUUUACUUCACGGAAUCUUCCAAGUCAUAAAAUUACAGGAAUGGACAAUAGCAGCAGACUAAUGAUCACAGUCAUGGCGUAUAUGGCGAUGGGAGCCUCAAUAGCUCAGACUAUCGGACCCAACACAGCAAUGGUAUCCAACACGGCAAUGGUACCCAACACUACAAUGGUACCCUACACUACAAUGGUACCCAACACUACAAUGGUACCCAACACGGCAAUGGUAUCCAACACUACAAUGGUACCCAACACUACAAUGGUACCCAACACUACAAUGAUACCCAACACGGCAAUGGUACCCAACACUACAAUGAUACCCAACACGGCAAUGGUACCCAACACUACAAUGGUACCCAACACUACAAUGGUACCCAACACGGCAAUGGUACCCAACACUACAAUGGUACCCAACACGGCAAUGGUACCCAACACUACAAUGUUACCCAACACUACAAUGGUACCCAACACGGCAAUGGUACCCAAUACUACAAUGGUACCCAACACUACAAUGGUACCCAACACAUCAAUGGUACCCAACGCUACAAUGGUACCCAACACUACAAUGGUACCCAACAUGGCAAUGACCCCCACUGUUGUCAACACCACCGUCUCAGCUCUCACGCAAAGCAUCUCAAGGGCGGAUUGUGGAAAGACUCAGUUCUGUGCUGCUGAGCCGUCAGACUGUGACCCGGCUGUGGCUGGUUCAUGUUUCUUCGUCUCCACCCAGCAGUCCUCGGGACAGACCUUCUCCUUCCAGCUACGAGGAGAGUCCAGCGGCUACAUCGCUGUAGGCUUGUCCAGAAACACCACACAGCACGUUAAUGACACCACCUACGUGUGUGCCAACAACAACGGCAGCAUGAAGUUCUUCACCACUCUCCUACUAAAUGGAGUUCUGACUGUCACUGGCACGCUGCCUGUGGACUCUGUGAAAGGCUCAGUCAGCGGUCAGAUCAUCCAGUGCACCUUCUCUGCUACGCUCUCCAACGCUAUUGCCACCAGGAGCACCAGGAGCACUGACACCAGCUUCGUCCUCUCCAUUUCCACCGGGACCGUAACUAACGGAACCCUGGGUGCUCCUAAGGUUGUCCUGGUCAGCGAUGCAGCUGUGAACCUGGCCAACCCCAACAGUACUGUGACCAACUCUGUGAACGCCACCCCCACUACUGCUACUUCCACCACUAUUGCUACUUCCACCUCUACUGCUACUUCCACCACUACUGCUACUUCCACCACUACUGCUACUUCCACCUCUACUGCUACUUCCACCACUACUGCUACUUCCACCACUACUGCUACUUCCACCACUAAUGCUACUCCCACCACCGCCUCCAGCCACGCCUUGGGCCUGCAACACACCCUGUCUCAAGCUCUGCUGAUCCUUCUAGGUGUGCUAGGUAUGAUGAUGCUGUAAUGAUGAUCUGAAGGUGAAGCCCCAUGCACUCAGGAAUCCUACGUCCAAACCUUUCUGACACUGGCCAGGCUGCGUCCCCAAAUGAAACCCUAUUCCCUACAUAGUGCACUACUUUCACUAGGUUGGGAAUAGGGUGCCUUUUUCAGCGCACCCGUACUGGGAUAAAGGACCAUGUCAGAUCUGAAGUUAUAUGCUUAUAAAUGCAAUCAUGUUAUUUAACAUACUUAAUGAAACACCUUCUAGUUGGUAGUAGGAAGACAAUAGCCUACAGAAUGGACCCAGUGAUACAAGGCCCAAUACUAAAAUUUUCACAAUUUCACAAUUUUUCAACCUCAUAUUCAUCAUCUCAAGCACCUCCCCUAACAUCAGCAUGUAUCUUCUUCUAUUGACCACGAAACAUCGGACUCGCCGUUUUUCACAUGUUGAUGUCACAGGAGGUUGGAGGCACCUUAAUUGGGGAGGACGGGCUCAUAGGAACAACUGGAGCGGCAUUAGUGGAAUGGU